AGGUCUGGAGGUCGAGGGCUACAGCAAACAAGUUUGAUCGCAAGUUGAGUGCAUGAUACAAAACAAGAGGUAAAAUAUAACUUCCUCCAUCCUUUUUUUAAUCGGAAGGAACCAUAACCUCAAGUCAAGCCAGUAAGGUAAGAUUUUUAGACCUAGACUAAGCAACGCAUUGACUGAAGUUCCAAGCUUGGCUUUAGUCUAAAGGCGAUGUGCACACUAUGUACGUAACCGGAUAUAGCUUUGUGCCGACUUCUGUUCACACUUAAGGACGGUGAUUUCAGGGGCGAUCUCUGCGACGGAGCAAAGCUUUGCGCCGAUCUCUAAAGUGGAGAGUCACGUAUCGGAUAGGUUUUAAAACUAUACCGUCACGAAAUUCGAAAAUCUUUCCGGUAGCCUGGGGCAUGUAAAUAGUUUCGACGCUUGUUUAGUAACUUCAAAUAAUGAUUCUUUUUUCAUCAGAUCUGUAGUUGCUUCUUGCCAUCUUAUUCAAAGGUAGCAAACAGUUGCAGUGGUCACAUUUUGAAAUACCUUAAAUAUUUAUUCAAAUUUUGCUCCAACCACAAAAAAGAUCAAUUUACAUAGCGCAAUUUGUGGUUUAAUGUUUCUAGACUAUUUCAGUUAUCAUCCUCUCCUUUGCAAUUUCGCUAGUAAGGAAUAUCUUCGGUUCAGACCAGUGAAAGAUUUGCAAGAUUUUAGAGAACUUAAUGACAGAUUUGCUAUUUCCUGCAGGAAUAAUUGUAAACCAUGGGUGGUAACCAUAGCAACUUGCCUCCUAAACCACUGGGGUUUGAAUAUAUGUGCAUAGCAGUUCGUACAACUGACAGGCUUCGCAUCAUACUUGGUGGUGACCAUGAGGCAGCCAUCAUACGUCAGAUCAUACAAGAUACAUGGCUCAAAGGGAUACAAAAAGAAACAUUUGAGCUUAAUGGAGUUUUCGAGUUCAAGUUGAAGGGCAAUCCAUUUUCUCCUGCUUCUUCAUCAAGUGAUGCGGUGGCUUGUAGGAGAAUGGCUGAGAGAAUUUUGCACAGGCUCUACCGAGAUGGAUGGAAGCUUCAAAUGUCAACUAAUUUAACUCGCACAGGUGAUUUGUCUUCUUGGAUAUUCAAGAAAGUUGCAGUUGCAGAAUUAUCUUCUCAACCAUUUCUUAUAAUCGGUCUCAGCAGCUGGGACAGUUUGAUGGUACUCAAUGCUCCAAUGGAUCUGCACCAAGUUCUCAAAGAUGCCAUCGAGAGAUCAUGGCCUAAAGGCAUCCAAAAGUGGACAUAUGAGAAUGAAGUACUGUUAAUCAAGCUUAAAGGUUACCCCUGGCGACCAGAUGGUGAAGAGGCAGUUCAUUCCAGAGCAGUGCUUCAAACUAUUAUCAGUGAUCUAAUACCCAGACAGUGGAAUUUAUAUGGUAACUCCAACAUCAGAGGUGACAGCAACACUCUGUUCUUCGAACACAAUCCAAACAUGGUACCAGGGCAGCCUCCUCCCGCACAGUUUAUCAUCAGCUUCAACAGUAAUGACUUACUGAGGCUCAUUGGAGCUCCAGACACCAUCGUGUCAACUGUCCGAAGCACCAUCCAGAGUUUUUGGCAUAAAGGAAUCCAGGAAGAAAAACGCUAUGCAGAGAGUUGGCAGUUUAAGUUGAAGGGAUAUCCGUGGUGGGCGUCAGGAGAAGAGGCAGUAGAAUCACGAUUUCUAGUCAUGAAGCUGAUGGAAGUUCUGUUACCGUAUGGAUGGACCCCUGUUGCCGCGAUUGAUAGCUCAAGGAAAGACUCUGAUAAGAGUUCUCUGCUCUUCAGAUUAAUGCAACCAAGGCAGGCACCCUUUUUCUGUAUGAGUAUGAAUGAAUCAGACAAACUUCGACUGAUCAAUGCACCAGAAGAUGUUACCAAGGUAUGGUGUGUCCUACCUACAUUAGUAGAUAAUGGUAAUAGUGCUCAACACUAAUGCUAGUCCACUAGCCCAGGACUAGUGAAACUUCAGGCUGGUCUAGUAAAAAUAUACCUCUACUACCCCCUAGACCAGUUAAACAAGUUGACAAAAUAGUUUUUCUAAACCUCUUUUACUUGGGAAGUUCUUUUUCUAAAACGCUUUAUCAGUAGUUUGUUUCUGUAGCUUAAUAAGACGCUGUGGGAGCGUAUAUUUGGGCGUCAAUGUACUAGGCGUGUGUGAAGUUUUUUAUUUGGGUGUGAGACGCCCAAAUAGAGUACAGUAAUCAAGUUCGUUUGUUUUGAUUCAAAGUUGCAGUAGGCACGCAAUACGUGCAAACUUAAACAAGCCAAGUGACACGAAUUUCUGCCGCACACUGUCACAAUGUUCACAGCAUUUAUCUUGGUUACACACAUCCCACAGGUAAUGCACUGCAAGCAAAUGUGCAAUAGAAAACAAAUCUUUUGUAAAAACAAAGAACACUGAGUGAAACAAACUAUUGAAUAGUUUAAAAGGGGGGGGGGGCUUAAUAGAGGAUUUACGGUAGGCACUGUGUGAAAGUACAGAACAACAAGUUGCCUAUUUUUCCACCUAUCUAGAUCUGCCAAGAUGUCAUUCAAACUCAGUAUGUUCUUGGCGUUCAACGAGUGCAGACCUAUGGCACUAGCCUGGAAUUCAAGCUGUCGGGUAAUCCAUGGAGCUCAUUUAUGGAUGGUCAUGAUGGAAUCCAUGCCAGAAAUUUGGUAUGCCACUUAAUUAGUGCCCUUUCAGGUCGAGGUUGGAUAGCUGUGACUGCUGCUGAUGUAUCUGCAAAGUAUGUCGAUGAAGACGAUGGUUCAGAUUAUCCCAUUGAUGUCGACAGCAUCUUCUUCGUAUAUGAUCCUUCAGCUGUAGCUGCUGCACCCACAGCUCCACCGCUGCAGCUACCAUACCCUCAAUUGUAUCCUCAACCAUUCACACAGCCCUAUCCUCAGCCCUUCCCGCAGCCUUAUCCUCCACCUCCAGCUUACGGCUUCGCUCAGCAGGGUGCUCCGCCCCCUUUUGAUCCACCAGCCUAUGGGGCCUUUUCUAAUCAGUGAUGUAAUAAUUUGUCCAAAUUAGGUAUAUUACAGUGUUCUGAAUGUAACAAUCAUGUUAGUUGAUUAACUGUCGACUCUCCCUUAGACUGUGGCUGGUCCCCUGUCAAAUUUGUAAAGUGCACAGUACCUCUGACAGGUCAGCUCUAAGACCAUAAACUUCAAUGCUGGGACAUUCAUAAGCGACUAUUUAUUUAUGUUUUUAGCAGAAAAAUACUCUACCACUUCACUCUUUGUACCCUGACAAUGUUCACAUUUGAGCAGAAUUUUUUUAAAUGUUACAGCUGGCCAAACUGAAAAUGGAUUAGAACACAGUCUUACAGUGGCUUAACUCUAUAGUUCAGUUCAACUAACCGACCUAAAGUGUCUUAACACAUACACAUGAGAAUAGAAGAGAAUAUGAAUACUUGUUGUUAUGCUUACGCUGACUUGUAAAGUAGUCUUUACUGGCCAAGUAACUACUGGUAGUUGAAAUAGAUAAAUGUGUACACAUCAUCAAAUUUGGAUAUAUUAUGGAUUUAUUUUGUUUGCAAAUUCAAACCAUGCUCUAAGUACAUACUGGUAUAUGUGAUAGACCCUUGCUGCUAAACAAUAAAAAGCAGCAUUAAUUUAAGAACCUGUCUUCACAAGGUUCUUUUUUCUAAUGUCAAAUGGAAUUGAAGUUACAUAUUUAAUU